CACUAGCAACAUUUGUAGUUUAAUUCACAUUUUUCAAGCUAACCUCUAAUCGUGUAAACCGCAUGUGACCCCGUAUUUUGGGGCUGAUUAAAUUCACUGAGCGACCGCAUCGCUUGUAAUUAGGACAGUUGUUUGUAUAUUUACAAGCGACGUCCAAAUAAACUGCGCAGUUGCCGGACAACGGCGUAAUAAGCGGGAAAAUGACAGAAGUGCUGCAACCGGGUGGCGAUGUAUUUAGUGAGAAAAAGAAGAAGAAAAAUAAAGAGACCGUAACAUUAGGUGCGUUCCAGAAGAUCGGCGAGUUCAAGAUUGAGCCGACGGAGAGCGUCAGUAAGUUGGAUACUGCAUACUGGCCGCUGUUACUAAAAAAUUUCGACCGACUCAAUGUGCGCACUAAUCAUUACACGCCGUUGCCAUUUGGCCAUUCGCCAUUAAAGCGACCUAUCGCUGAAUACAUCAAGUCUGGCUUCAUAAAUGUCGACAAACCGAGCAAUCCGAGUUCCCACGAAGUCGUUUCAUGGAUCAAAAGAAUAUUGAAAGUGGAGAAAACUGGUCACUCAGGUACCCUAGACCCUAAAGUUACUGGGUGUUUGAUCGUGUGCAUAGACAGAGCUACGAGGCUAGUGAAAUCCCAACAGAACGCUGGUAAGGAGUAUGUAGCUGUUUUUAAUUUGCAUUCCGCUGUAGAGAAUUUGCAGAAAGUCACACAAGGUUUGGAGAAGCUGCGUGGCGCUUUAUUCCAGCGGCCGCCGUUGAUAUCAGCUGUGAAGAGGCAGCUGCGUGUUCGUAGUGUUUAUGACAGUAAACUCCUCGAUUAUGACCAGGAACGUAACAUUGGUGUCUUCUGGGUCAGCUGUGAAGCUGGGUCGUACAUUCGUACGAUGUGUGUCCAUUUAGGUUUAAUGCUCGGUGUUGGAGGUCAGAUGAUAGAGCUGAGACGUGUACGUUCUGGUAUACAGGGGGAGAAAGAAGGCAUGGUCACAAUGCAUGAUAUAUUAGACGCACAAUGGGCAUAUGAAAAUCAUAAGGAUGAAACAUACAUACGUAGAGUUAUCAAACCACUUGAAGGCUUGCUAAUAGCACACAAGAGGAUUUUUAUAAAGGACAGUGCAGUAAAUGCUGUGUGUUACGGUGCAAAAGUACUCCUACCUGGAAUUUUACGAUAUGAAGAUGGUAUUGAAAUAGAUCAAGAAAUAGUUAUAGUUACAACAAAAGGAGAGGCCGUAGCGUUAGCCAUCGCUUUGAUGACCACAUCAACAAUGGCCUCAUGUGAUCAUGGAGUGGCAGCUAAAUUGAAAAGAGUUAUAAUGGAACGAGAUACAUAUCCAAGAAAAUGGGGAUUAGGACCAAAAGCAUCUCAGAAGAAGCAGUUAAUUCAACAAGGAAAGUUAGAUAAACAUGGUAAACCUAAUGAGAACACUCCAAGAGAAUGGUUGAAUAGUUAUGUAGAUUAUAAAGUAAAAAAAGAAGAUGAAAAUGGUUUAGCGGAGACAGACGAGGGGGGUAGAAAAAGGACAGCUAGCACAGCAAAUGCAGAUGAUCCUAAUAACUCAACAGAACUGAAGUCUGAGAAGAAGAAGAAGAAGAAAAAGAAAGACCUUGAUGGUACUGUUGAUGGAGACACAACAAUGGAUGCCGAUGUGACUGCAGAGAAUGCUGAUGAUACAACUAGAAAAGAGAAGAAGAAGAAAAAAAAGAAGGACAAAGACCAAGAGAGAGAAGCAUAAGUUCUUUUUAAGACUAUAUUUGUAACAGAUUCACCUGAUGUUCCUAUAAGGAGUCAUUUAAUUUUAUAAGUGAAAAUUAUAAAGUGACAUCUAUUUUUUAUCUGUGACAAACUGUAAAUCUCUUUAAUCCAUAAGUGAUAAUAAUAUAAAUUCAAUGUCUCUACAACCCACAUGGUUUUCAGUUGACUGUAUUUUUUUUAUUAUGAAGUCAUUAAUAAUUAUUUUUAAACUGUAGCUUUUUUUAUUUCAGUGUUCUAUUGUCUGGUUAUAUUUGUAUUUUUUUUUAUUUUAGUUAUAGCUAGAAAAGUUCUAAAUUUAAAUUUCUGUCUGAAUUUUCAUUAAAUUUUAUUAUAAAUAUUUUUGCAACAUAAGAGUACAAAGUGGAGACUCGAAUUUCCUUUGCCCCUUUUUUAUAUAGAGUAUAUACAAAAAAGUAUAUUAAGCCUGUAUAUUAAAAUAAGAAAGCAUAUUAUGAUAAUAUUAUCUGAUUAAAAAACAUUGAAUGUUGAACUCAUACAUUCUGAUUACUAAGGUAAUUAAUAAAACUGUACAGUUAAUUUCAAAUAAAUUUUGAAGUUAUUCUUACUUUAUUAGUUUACAAGUUCAUUAAUAGUGAUUAUUGCCUAAAAGAAUAAAAAAAAAUAUAACUGAACUCUUCAUACAUUUUACAUUUUUAAAAAUUAAGUCCUAAUUACGGGUUUAAUUUAACAAAUUCCAUUUUUAAAUUUUGAUCUACAUGUCAUGUUCUCACAGAAAAUAUUUUUACUUGUGUAUUAUAAAACAAUAUAGUAUUAAGUUACUCUGUAAAUGA